AUGGACAUUUUGAAGUAUCUUCAUGAAAAUGGAUGCCCCUGGGAUACUCGGAUGUGUGCUGCUGCUGCCACCAAUGGUCAUUUGAAUAUUUUGAAGUAUCUUCAUGAAAAUGGGUGCCCCUGGGAUGUAGAGACAAGCAAAAUGGCUGCUCAUGGUGGCCAUCUGGACACAUUGGCAUAUGCUCACGAACAUGGCUGUCCAUGGGAUAAGAUGGCAUGCCGAGGUGCUGCCAGCAAUGGUCACUUCGAUGUGUUUAAGUAUCUUCAUGAAAACGGAUGCCCCUGGUCCCGUCGGGUGUGUGCUGCUGCUGCUGAAGGAGGGCAUCUUGACAUUUUGAAGUAUGCUCAUCAACAAGGUUGUCCAUGGAAUGAUAUGGCCAGCUAUGCUGCUGUCUGUAAUGGUCAUUUGGAUGUUUUGAGAUAUCUACAUGAAAAUAGGUGCCCCUGGGCCCUUGGCUGUGUCCUGCUGCUGCUAGAGGCGGGCAUCUUGACAUAG